CGUGUGUUGUCAGACCUAAACGAGGCCGUCCCGGAGACAGAGCUGCUGGACAACAGCAUACAGAAGGGGCGGGCCCAGCUGUCCGUCAAGACGCGGCGACAUCGGCCCUCGCGCUCGCGGCUGCGAGACAGCAUCAGCUCGACGGAGGGAGACGAGAGCCUGGAGAGAAAGUCAUUGGACAGCCCCAUGCACUGUAUGCGCUCCCCGCUCCACUCUGCACUGCGUGGCUCCUCCCCCUCCCCCGAUUCGCUGCUGCCCUCCUCUCCCGCCCCACGGACCGCCUUCACCUUCGACACCUCCCUGGUCCGCCGCAACCCGGAUGAGGACGAGACCCCGCGCCCAGCGCCCCGAGGGCGCUACAGACAGCUCACAAACGCCUCUUCCCAGGAGGCCUUGGGCUCCUCGCCCACCAGCUCGCCAUCGAAGUCCUGCCCGAGUACGGAUAGCUCGCCUGUCUACAUCCGCCGGGCUCGCCGCCCAGAGAGUGAAGUCCUGGUUACAGAUGACAGUCAGGACACCAGUCCAGCUGAGCCGGGGAGCCCCACGGUGAUCUUCGACAAAAAGACCAAGAGGAGAUUCCUGGACCUGGGGGUCACGCUACGGCGUUCCUAUGGGAAAGUCAGGAAGGAGAAGAUCAACAGAUUCAGUAUGGGAAGCCGGGAGCCCUCCGAGAGCCCGUCUCGGUCUUCGGGGUCGUCGUUCGUGCCUUUCUCCUGGUUCACAGACACCACUCGGGGUUCGGCCUCCUCCAGCAGCACCCCCUCCUGCUCUCCCAGGACGGCCUCGCAGAGUUGCAGCCCCCGCAAGUCCAACUCCCAGGAGUCCACGCUCAGUGAAGACUUCUCCCCUCGAAGCCCGCGCGCGUCCAGCGGCUCAGCAGUGGAGUCCCGGUCCUCGCACCCGUACCACACCCUGUCCCAAUCUUCAGAUGAGCCCCUGGACGAGCCGCUGUGCUUGGUGUCAGCCUGGAACACCCAGCAGGUGUGCCAGUGGCUGAAGGGCCUCAACAUGGAGCAGUAUAUCCAAGAAUUCACUGCCAGAGACAUUGACGGAGAACAGCUGCUGCAGAUGGACGGGACCAAGCUCAAGGGUCUGGGUGUGAGCAGCUCCUCGGACCGCAGCGCGCUGAAGCGCAGGCUGAAGGACAUGCACGCUGCAGCGGAGAAGGAGCGCAAGGCCCUGGACAAGCUUGAGAGACAGAAGGAGAAACAGCGCAAGAAGGACCAGGAGCAGCACAGGAGCUAGGAGGCCACCAGAUGGGGCCACUGUCCCUCUAGUGCUUUUCUCAAUCUCAGUCACACGUGCGUGAAAACACACACACAGACAAUUGCGUACAGAUGCACACACACACACACACACAUACCAUACACAUACACAAAUGUACAUGCAAGCACACGCACAUACACAGGACACAGAAAUUCUCACUCAUCAUGAACACACUCAGACUAUAAAUCAUAAACACACUCAGACUGCAUACAUAAAUGUAAAUGCAAAGGCACACACAUGCUUAAACAUAAGGACACAGACAUUCAGAGAGAAUCACUGAAUCAUAUUACGGCACAAAUAACCCCCCCCCCCCCCAAGAAAAAAACAGCUUUCCUGGGCAUGUCUGAAA